CUUCAUUAGUGGGUUAUACCAAUAGCGCCACCCCUUCUUCGCCCUCUCUGUGUCGUUAUUGUCAUCCUUUCGGUUCAUCUUCUCAAUUUGCUCGAUUUAGGGUUAGCGUUUGUUUUUGAUAACUAUGGCAGGAGAGGCUGCUAGUGAGUUGCAAGACUGGGAACUGCUCCACGAUUCGGAACCAAUCCUGUUGAACCCGAUCAACUUGAGCGAGGGUUCGGACUCGGAAUCAGACUUUGUUAAAUCGCCAAAUUUGUUCGGAGAUGUCAGGAGUUUUGAAGCAAUCAGGUCUGAUUACUUCUCUCUGGACGGUCAGAAUAGAUAUGCGAAAGCUUCUGAUGUAGAGACCGAUGGGAGUCAAGAGGGUUCUGUCGAGUCGGAUAAUCCGAGUUGGAUUGAGCCUGGGUCAGAGACUCGGUAUGAGAGGAAACUCUCCGGUGAGUUCUGGUCCGAUUCGGCCAGCGAUCGGUCUGAUGAGCGGAAAUUGAGUGAAAACGAGUUGGGGCUUGUGGAGGAAGCGACAAGCCAAGCGGGUCUUGAAGGACCAGGAGAAAUGGAUACUAAGACUGAGAAUUUUGGGGAAUUUUAUGUUUUUGAAGCAAAAAUCGAGGUUGGUUCUGGCGAAAAUGCAAAAGGCGAAGUGGGUUUUGAAGGAUUCGGUGAAAUUCCAAUAAAGGAUAAAGAUUUAGGCAACUUCUGGUCCGAUUCUGGUGGAGAUGGAUUGGUUCCAAUAAAGUUUGGUGAUCAUGCGAAUGCAUCAGAAGAGGGCUCGGAGAUGUUUGGUGAAUCUGAUGUUGGAGAUGGUUUGAUGGCUGCUUCUGAGGGUGGUAAUGACAAUUCAGGGGUUCCAAUUGACGAAAUGAAAGAAAAUGAGAAAUCAGGCGGUGAGUUGAAGAAGAGGAAUGUAGUGUGGUGGAAGGUUCCGUUUGAGUUGUUAAAGUAUUGUGUUUUGAGGGUUAACCCUGUUUGGACUUUCUCUAUGGCGGCGGCUGUAAUGGGAUUUGUUAUCCUUGGCCGGAGGUUGUACAAGAUGAAGCGCAAAAGCAGGAGCUUGGAGAUCAAGGUUACCAUGGAUGAUAAGAAGGUGUCUCAGUUCAUGACUCGUGCUGCUCGUCUUAAUGAGGCAUUUUCAGUCGUGAGAAGGGUCCCCAUGCUACGACCUACAAUGCCAGCUGCUGGGGUGAAUCCUUGGCCUGCGAUGAUUUUACGGUGAAAAACAUGCUGUUGGAAAUAGACAUGAAAUGAACAGUUUGUGCACGGGGGGUCUCACAUUCUAAUUAAAUGGUUGUCUUACUUUGCUCUGAAUGAAUUGUUAUCUUGUAAUUUUUCAUGUUUAAGGGUUCUGAACUUGUCCAAAUAUGUCUAUAAGCUCUCUACAUCUGUUUAUCCAGAGUUCAUGUUGUUUCUAGUUUCUUAUAAUAACAGAGUAAGUGUAUCCAUUUACCUUGAUGUGCUUUGCGAUCUCUA